GAUUUAAGGGAAGCCACGUUUUCUAUUUAUAAUCGCCUCCCAAAACAAACCCUCCUCUCUUCUGCUUCUGCUACUGUACAAAUCUCUUUCCUAUCUCACUUUCAAACCUUUCUUCUCCAAAAUCCUCAGAAAAAUGAGCAACGACAAGGACAACUUCAGCCUCGCCGAUCUUACUGCUGCUCUUAAGGAUGAGGAUCGAACUGGGCUUGUGAACGCUCUUAAGGACAAGCUGCAGAAUCUGGCUGGACAGCGCUCUGAUGUGCUCGAGAAUCUGACUCCUAACGUGAGAAGGCGUGUCGAUGCCUUGAGAGAUAUACAGGGCCAACACGAUGAACUAGAGGCUAAAUUCCGUGAGGAGAGAGCUGUUCUUGAAGCCAAGUAUCAAAAGUUGUAUCAGCCUUUGUAUACCAAGCGUUAUGAGAUUGUGAAUGGAACUACUGAAGUCGAACUUACUCCAGAGGAUACAAAGAUGGACCAAGGAGAGGAAAAAACUGCAGAAGAAGAGAAAGGAGUUCCAAGUUUCUGGCUGACGGCUUUGAAAAAUAAUGAUGUUCUUUCCGAGGAGGUCACAGAGCGUGAUGAAGAGGCUCUCAAAUAUCUUAAGGAUAUCAAGUGGUGCAAGAUUGAAGAACCAAAAGGAUUCAAACUUGAGUUUUUCUUUGACUCGAAUCCCUAUUUUAAAAACACUGUCUUGACAAAGUCUUAUCAUAUGAUUGAUGAAGAUGAGCCACUGCUUGAGAAGGCUAUGGGGACAGAAAUUGAUUGGUAUCCUGGAAAAUGUCUAACUCAGAAGAUUCUUAAGAAGAAGCCUAAGAAGGAUUCAAAGAACGCCAAACCGAUCACCAAAACGGAAGAUUGUGAAAGCUUCUUCAACUUCUUUAGUCCUCCAGAAGUCCCGGAUGAAGAUGAAGAUAUCGACGAGGACAGAGCUGAGGAACUUCAAAAUCUGAUGGAACAAGACUAUGACAUUGGAUCUACUAUCCGGGACAAGAUUAUCCCUCGUGCUGUCUCAUGGUUUACUGGUGAGGCUAUGGAAGGAGAGGAGUUUGAAAUAGAUGAUGAUGAGGAAGAUGAUAUUGAGGAGGACGAAGAUGAGGAUGAGGAAGAUGACGAGGAUGACGAGGAGGAUGAUGAAGAUGAAGAAGAGAGCAAGACCAAAAAGAAGCCAUCAACUGGACACAAGAAGGGAGGGAGAUCUCAGAUUGUUGGUGACGGUCAACAAGGCGAGAGGCCACCCGAAUGCAAGCAACAAUAAUCACCGAACAAAAAGGCAUGCGAGAAAAUAAAUUUUGGGAGGAUUAGAAAGCUCUCUUUUUUUUGGUCAAAGAAAACCAUUAUUGUUAUGUAUUGUCAACAAUUGAUACCUUCUUUUGUUUACCAUUUACAUCAUCCUUUUGGUUUUCCUUCCACGUUGACCAUUCAGUCAAAGUCUAAAUCUGUCAAAAAAAUCAACUCA